AGGAGCAAGCGUGGAUCUAUGAUCUAUUCUAUUGGUCGGCGUCUACUAUAAAAGCAUAUGUUACCUAGUCCAAGAGUCCCAACAGCUUCCUCAUGAAAAAAUGGAGGAUACUGUUUAUCACAUCAAACGACGUCCUUCUUGAAAUUCCCUUUUAUGGUCAUUAUUAGUGAGAAGAACCGGCAAACAUGGCUGAUUCCAUAGUCCUUUUCAUAGUGGAAAGGCUCGGUGACUUGCUCAUAGAGGAGUGCAAGUCACUGCACGGAUUAAGAGACGAGGUGGAGGAGAUUAGGACGGAGCUGAGGCGGAUGCGGUGCUUCUUGAAAGACGCGGACUCGAGGCAGGGUUCGGACGAGCGGGUCCGCAACUGGGUCUCCGAGAUCAGAGAGGUGGCCUACAAUGCAGAGGACCUUAUCGAGAACUUCAUUAUUGAAAAUGUCGCCAAGGGGAGAGAUUCCCGCGCCAGCGAGAUCCUCGAAAGGUUGGCUUGCUUCAUGAGCAAGGGGGUGGCCAGCCUCAGGCUCGGGUUCCACAUCGGGUCGCUCACUGAUAGGAUUUCCAGGCUCACAUCGAGCUUGCGGACCUAUGGGAUUAGGGAACUAAAGGAAGGAGACUGCUCAAGCUCCCUCAACGAGAAGCUGAGGGAGGGGAGGCGGUCUUAUCCCCACAUGGUCGAGCACGACGUGGUUGGGGUGGAGGAGAAAGUGGACGAAAUCGUCGCUCACUUGACAGGUGACAACCAGACCCACUCUCACCACCAAGUCAUUGCGGUUUGCGGUAUGGGUGGGCUGGGAAAGACAACCUUGGCGAAGAAGGUAUACCAUGACUCUAGGAUAAGAUGGCACUUCGACUGCUUCGCCUGGUCCUACAUUUCUCAACAGUUCAAGAAGAGGGACAUAUGGGAGGGGAUCCUGUUCAACCUCAUGGCCCCAACUCGGGAUGAGAGGGCUGAAAUCCUAAACAUGAAGGAUGAGGAGGUUGCAGAGAAGCUCCACGGAGUCCUGCAAAGGCGGACUUGUCUGGUUGUUCUCGACGAUCUUUGGAGUGCCCAGGACUGGAGCAGCCUGAGGCCCGCUUUCCCGAAACAGACCACACGCAGCAAGAUCCUGCUCACCUCGCGCAAGAGGACGGUGGCUCUCCAUGUGGACCCCUCAUGCUUCCUACUCGAGCCCAAGUGUCUAAGCGAGGAGCACAGCUGGGAGCUGCUCAAGAAGAUUGCAUUCUCGGGAAGAAGCACGAGAUCAGAUAACAACAGCUUAAAGGAACUGGGGAAGGAGAUGGCGAAAAGCUGUUCUGGUCUACCACUGGCCAUUGUCGUGCUCGGAGGAGUUCUGGCCACUAAGGGCACUUUGGGUGAGUGGCAUGCCGUGAACAACAACAUCAAGUCAUACAUUAGAGGGAAUAAGGACGAGGAGGAAGAUGAUGGUGGGUUAUCGAAAGUUCUGGGCCUGAGCUUCGAGGACUUGCCCUACCAAUUAAAGCCAUGCUUCCUCCAUGUGGGCCAUUUUCCAGAAGAUUUUGAGAUACCUAAGAAGCAACUGAUCCAUGUAUGGAUAGCAGAAGGAUUUAUUACGGCACCUCCAGAAUCGGAUGAAGUAGAUAUCAACCAGGAAACGAUGGAGGAUGUCGCCGAGCGAUACUUGACUGAAUUGGUGAAUAGGUGCGUCCUCCAAGUGGCCAAGCGGACCUCAACUGGCAGGAUCCGUAGCUGCAGGAUUCAUGAUCUGAUGCGUGACAUGUGCCUGCUGAAGGCAAAGCAGGAAAGUUUCCUUGAGUCCAUCAACCUUCGGCACCAAAGCCAAGAAUCUGACUCGGCCUCCGGCUCCAAAUUGUCAGGAUCAAUGGCAUCUCUUGUUGAAGCACGGCGGCUCACUAUCCUCUUGAAGCAAGUGUUCAACGAUUUCGUCCAUUCACGAUAUCCUCGCAUUAGAUCUCUCGUCUACUUCAACGAAAAUGAAUGCGAGGUGCAGAAAUGGGAGCAGAUCAAGCGCCUAUUCAAGGACUUCAAGUUUCUGAGGGUCUUGGUACUUGAAGGAAUUGUCGGCCCAGACAAAAAGUUGCCCAAGGAGAUUGGAAAGCUGCUGCACCUGAGGUUCUUAAGCAUAAGAAACACCCAAAUAGAUGAACUUCCGAAGUCCAUCGGUGAUCUGAUGUUCCUGCAGACACUCGAUGCACGAGAUGCCAGCACAUCUGCCCGGAGACAGAAGGUAUUUAUACCAAAUGUUCUGCACAAGAUGAGAGCAUUGAGGCAUCUUUACCUGCCGAGAUGGUGCAGCACUGAUAAAGGGCAGAAGCUUCGCUUAGACAACCUGAACAACCUGCAGACACUUGUGAACUUCCCUGAAGAGAUUUGUGAUGUAAAACAGCUCGGUAAUUUGUCCAGUCUGAGGAAAUUGCAAUUAUGCGAUCCAGAUUGUAUUCAAGAGUUUGUGGAGAUCUUCAGAGACCAGACAGUCAAGUUGUUCAAUCUUCAAGCCUUAUACUUGACCAACAACAAGUAUGUUGGUAGCAAUUGGGGUAUACAAUAUCUUCCCCAGCCCUACACGGUGAAUCUAGAGCCAUUAUUCUCGGGUUGGCAGAACCUCUACAAGCUGCGUGUGGAUGGACAGCUGAGGAACUUACCAGCACCCAAUCAACUACCUCAGAACCUCACCAGGUUGAUCCUAUUCUGGUCUGAGCUUGAUGAAGACCCAAUGCCUGUGCUUGGUAUGCUUCCGAACUUGAUGACGCUUCACCUGUGGCGGCGAGUUUACCUUGGUAAGAAGAUGGUUUUUCCUGCAAGAGGCUUUCCUCAGUUGAAACGACUAGAGUUGUGGGGCCUACCUCACCUGGAGGAGGUCGAGGUGGAGGAGGAAGCCAUGCCCAGUCUAACAAAGUUUGAGAUCUCAAAUUGCGAUCAUCUCAACGAGAUCCCAGAGGGGCUGAAAUUCAUGGUCUCGCUCCAGGAACUAGAGAUCAGAUACAUGCCAAUGCAAUUCCAGUUCAGGCUUCAUCCAGGAGGAGAUGAUUUCGACAAAGUUCAGAACCUGUGCGUGACAAUUAUAUAGGUCGAUUACUAGUCAAAUCCCAGAUGAACUACAUGGGAGAGAAGUGCUGUUCCUCAAACCAGCUGCAGAUGAGGGAAACAUUUAAAUCUCUAAGUUCAACAUCCUUUUUUUUAUUUAUUUCAUAACAACUUUUGAGCACUUAGGAUGUUUUUUCACAAAUAAAAGUCGAAAGGUGUGUCUUGUGUGAACAAGUUGGAAUAGUCUCGUACUACCAACAUAUGUUUGUCAUCAUCAGCCAAAUGGAAUUUGUUUGGAGGCCGGUGAAAAGGAUGUUUCAUGCAAUCAGAAUUAGAAUCUACAUUUGUGUCAA